CUCACUGACUGGCUUCUUCAGGACCAAAAUCACUCGCAGUUAGUCACUUUCAAAUGGAUAUCUUCAGCCGAUACUCAGAUCCUUAUCCAUUUGGGUCUGCAUCCGAGAAGCCCGAGAGUACUUCUUCGUUGUCCGACGCCGGCACCUCUGCUCGCCGAGCCGUUGUUCACUCGGACGAAGAAGAGCUUCUCCUAGCUUCCAGCAUGCCAAAGAGGCGCGCGGGCCGGAAGAAAUUCAAGGAGACGAGGCACCCAGUUUAUCGCGGCGUUAGGAGGAGGAACAAGAACAAGUGGGUCUCUGAAAUGCGCAAACCCAAUGAGAAGACCAGGAUAUGGCUCGGCACGUACCCGAGUGCGGAGAUGGCGGCGCGGGCGCACGACGUGGCGGCUCUGGCGCUUAGGGGAACCUCCGCGUGUCUCAACUUCGCCGACUCGGCGUGGAGUGUGCGCCUGCCGGCUUCGACGGACGCGGGGGAGAUUAGAAGGGCUGCGGCAGAGGCGGCGGAGGGAUUCCAGCCGAGUGUGUUUAUUGAGGAGGCGGAGGCGAAGGGCGUGCAAGACAGUAGUGUGUUGUAUAUGGAUGAGGAGGCUCUGUUUGACAUGCCUGGCUUGCUGGUGAGUAUGGCUCAAGGUCUUCUACUGUCUCCUCCUCACUGUACAUGUGUAGACGAUGACUUGGACUGGGAUGACAUGGAAAGCAAUGGUGGGGUUUCUUUAUGGAGUUUCUCAAUCUAACAAUAGAAUUUGGACAGGGACAGGGUUUUAGUCGUAGCAAAAGGUUAGAAAAAGUUUGCAUAGUGCAUAUAUACUCCGGCCAUGAGGAUUGGCCGGUAGCCGGAUAGAGCUCCUCUGUUAUUAUUAACAGAUUUAUCUGAAAAGAUAAAAAUAUAAUUAAAAAAUUAUAUCCAUGGCAUUUAGAAGGAUAUAGAUGUAAUUUUUUUACUACAUUUAUGUCUUUUUAGAUUGACACUAGAAAAUUUUUUAGCAUUCUUUAUAUUGUAUAUCAUGAAUUGAGGAAUUCAAAUUACAGGUGGAAGGUUAUGACAGUUGAAGAGUGUAACCUAACUAUCGAAGUUUAUUACCUUAUCACAGUUGAUAAAAAAUAAUUAUUACCUAAUUGUAGUUCAA